AUGGCAGCAAGGGCAUCGGUAAAUCUAAGAGGUUUUUUAGCAAGAGUCGCACAAAAUAAGGAAAAUGUUCAUGUAAGACAUAAGUUGGACACAGAAAUUGACAAAUAUUAUAAGACACUCCACAAUGUAGUCAUUCCAGAUUGUAUGGAUUUGGUGAAGGAAAUACCAGGUUAUCCACAAAGGGUUAAAGAGUGCAUUUCACACACCACCCCAUCAUAUUAUGACGGGUGGAACUUCAGCAUCGAAUUAAUGUAUAAAACAGUGGCAGAUGAACACCAUCAAACAGAAAAGAACUUGGAAAAGUGUAGAAUACUCAGGGCCUUGAAGGAUAUGAGCUAUGCGAUGGCAGGUAUAGUUGAUGACUAUGCUGAUAAAGGUGAAUACAGACAUGGUAAGAAGGUUUGGGCUUCCAUAUGCGAAGGGGGCCAAGAAGCUGCAAUCUACGACUCCGUCGCAGUCAACUACUUGAUACUACUGAUGCUUCAUCGCCACUUCAGGAAUGAUCCAGGAUACAGCAGGCUGUUAGAACUAUAUAAUAUGGUUCCUGGCACAGCAGCGAUAGGAAACACGCUGGAUAUCCUUGACCGUUACAACUCAAACUACAGUGAUGAUAUAUGGAAACAUACUGUCCAAAACAAAGCAAUGAAUUCAAUAUGUACUGCAGGAGGUACAGGCCUAGUUCAUGCUGGAGUUAUCUGUGAUGACCUGAUUGCUAAAACUUGUGAUGUUUUUCGCUACACUGGACUUCUGUUUCAAGUGUGGGAUGAUUUCAUGGAAUACUAUGCUUUGCAAGAACAAUCUGGUAAAGGUUCUCCAGAUAGCGAAUAUAAUAUAAAAUCCUGGGCAACUGUGACUGCAAUGGCCCACUUUAAUGAAGCCCAAGCUAAGGAGUUUAGGGCCUGCUACGGGUCCAGCGAUCCAGCCAAAAGAUCAAGAGUGCGGGAGCUGUAUGAUGAAGUGAAUUUACCAGGACUAUACAUGGAUUAUCUUAGAAAUAUUCAUAUGACAAUGGAAAAAAAAAUUAGCAUUAUUCCAAAUCCAAGAAUACGAAGUGCCUGCACUAGCUAUAUGGAAUGGUUGCUCGUUGAACCACCCAACGUUGAAGAACAAAUUGAAAGAAUAAAAGUGUAUUAAAUAGUUGA